AUGGAGCCGCGCGUGGGCACCACGCACCAGGUAGGAAUCAGAAACGCCGCAAUCGAGAGGAAGUGCUCCAACGGCCACGGCGGCUUGAACUUAUCGCUGAUCCCACACAUCGCCCCGUUCAAAACGACGCCGUCGAACCUCCUCUCCGGCAGAAUCCCCUCGCGCCGAAGCGUGAUUAGCAGCGCAAUCGCCCCGCCCAGCGACUCCGAGUACAGGAACGCCGGCAGAUCCGCCGCGUACCUCGCCCGGAAGCUAUUGAAGAAGGAGAUGCAGUCGUCGACGACGAGACUGAUGUCCGUGGGCGACGAGCCCCUCCGAGUAGCCGUGGCCCAUAUGGUCGAUGGCGCAGACCGCGAAGCCGUGCUUAGCCACGAGCACGGCUGUGAGCUGGACGAACCAGCUGGACUCGCCGGUGAAGCCGUGGACCACGCAGACGAUGCCCCUGAGGGGCGCGGACUGGUCCCGCGGGGACCACCACUGGGUGAAGAGCUUGAGGCUUUGUUUGCCGCUGCUGGUGAUGUAGUCGGAUCCGUGGUUCACGGCGUGGUGGGCGUAGAAUUCAUCCGGAGUGAGGGAGCCGAAGAGGCUCGAGUCGCUGGCCUCUGCAAUGGGGUGCUUGUACUUGGACAUGGCGUUUUGUUUGGUUUGGCUUUGGUUGUGCGGAUAUUUUGUGCCUUAUUGACAAUGUUCAAGAUUUUGAACUAUGCUGCUACAGCCUACACGGGUGAUCAACGGUUUGACUAG